AUGGACUAUAUCAAUCCUUCGGCAUUACGGAAGCGUACGGUUACGCGCUCCUCCCUGGCAUGCCUGCCAUGCCGUGCCCGACAUGUCAAAUGCGACGGUAAACGGCCUCGAUGUAGCCGCUGCGCAGUCUCCGAAACUCAAUGCGACUAUACUAGAUCGCGUCGAGGUGGGCUUGAUCGCGCAGCACUCGCGGAGAGGCGCAGACGCUUUGUUGAGAAGAGCAGCCUGGCCGUCGGAGGCUCCCUAACAGACCCGCCUAUUAUAGCCGCAUUUGCCUCUAUGAAUGGCAUUACCGAUGCCUCUCAAAGCUCAGGAUCAGAACAGCCUAGUUUGUCACUGCCAGAACCAGGUGUAGGUCACGUCCAAAACGUCGAAGGCGAUGUUUUCAUCGAUUUGUACUACAAACGAUUCCACAAAUUCCACCCAUUAACACCACCUCAAAAAUAUUUCUUCAGACUCUGGCAAGACCCCAGUAUUCAGCCUAGGUUAGUACCUCUUGCCGCUGUCUUGCGCCUCAUCGGUCAUCUCUAUCGCUCCCAAGAGUGGCCCACUACACUACAGAAUGUCAUAGAGGUCUGCUUUCUGCAAUCUUCACAAACAGACCCUUUCAUGGUACAGUGUCGGAUUCUGUACUCAAUAGCUUUAUUCUGGCACAACUACAAAGCGAAAGCAUGUCACGAAAUUUUAGAGGCUACCCGUCUCGCCGUCGACCUCGGCAUGUUUCGACGCGAAUUCGCCGCAAAACACGGAGGCACAGACACUGUACUAAGAGAGUGCUGGAGGCGGACGUGGUGGACGCUAUAUAUUGUUUGUGGUUAUUUUGCUGGCACACUGGGUACUAUGGACUUUGCAGUUUUGGAUGUCGAGGCCACUGUAGAGUUGCCCUGUGAAGAGGCGGAGUAUGAAAUGGGCAAAAUACCCGAGCCCAAAACAUUAGAAGAGUUUGACUGCCGCGAGUUUGCCUUCGGCAACACUUCGUUCUCAUCUUUUGCAUAUCUCAUCGGAGCUAUCAGAUGUACGGCAGCUAUAGCCCCCUUGAUACUGAACAUUACAACGAAAGAUGUCUCGCAGCAAGUGAUUUGUACCGCUGACUCAGUUAUUGAUGGAUGGCUAUUCUUACUACCGACAGACAUCAAACAAAUUAUUGAUAAAUCCGGAGAAAUAGAUGAGCUAAUGUUCCAGGCCACGUUGGUUAUUCAUGUGGCAACGAUUUGUCUGCAUAGACCCUUCUCAGAUCUGAGAUUUAACACUAUGGAAGCAAUCUCUAGCUGCGCUAGGCAGCCCUCUUUUGACACUCCAAUAUCAGAGGUUGCCAAUGUGCAUACACUACGUGUCAUGCGAUCUGUAGAGGCACAGAUUUACCUGCUAGGGCUGCCAGCUCGAUCAUUCCAUCACACACCAUUCAUAGCCUGCAUGCUUAGCGAGGGCACGCUUGCACUUCUCUCAGCUUGUAAAUUUAUGCUGAACGGAAGCGAGAUGGUAAUAGCAAGAGAUCAAAUUCGCAUGACCAUUGGACGUUUAAGAACUUUGGGCCAAACAUGGCCUAGAAUAAGAAAGAACGUGCAAGAGAUACAAGUUAUUGCUCGCUAUGUGUUAGAGUUGAAAGAAAUUGGCAGCAGUCUCGGUUCUAGUAGCAUACCACAUUUGCCAACAUGCGAUGGAGACGGGGGUCAGCAAUCGGGGGAUGAAACGCUGAGUAGCGACGUGCUUCAUGCCUUCAAUCCAUUGGACGGUUUAUGCUCAAUGUAUUCAGCUGGAUAUUUAGAUGCAGACCUAUCAUGGUGGAUUGGCCCAUGA